UGAUCCAUCUGAAUGUACCGCAGCAAGCAUUUUUUCAUGAAAGAAUCAUUAUUUAAUGAAGCUACGAGCCAUCAUCAUCUUCAUCACGCUCCUGUGAAUGCCUUUCUGCAUCCACAUGGCUCGUGUGUUCGUCUACGGCACCCUGAAGAAGGGCCAGCCCAACUACUACCGUAUGUUUGAGAGCGCCAACGGGAAGGCGGAGUUCCUCGCCUCGGCCUGCACCGUCCAGAAAUACCCGCUAGUGAUAGCCACCAAGUACAACAUCCCUUUCCUCCUCAACCUCCCCGACCAGGGUAGACGAGUCCGAGGAGAGAUCUACAAAGUGGACGACAAGAUGCUGAAGUUCCUGGAUGACUUUGAAGGGGUUCCCACCAUGUACCAGCGGACUCUGGUCAAACUGGAGGUGCAGGAGUGGGCGGGGCAGACACACGGGGAGCAGAGGCCUGCAGCAGGGAGCAUCACAGAGGCGUUCAUGUACAGCACGACUUCAUACCAGCCGGACUGGCCUUCACUGCCCUGCCACGAGAGCUACGACUCUAAUGGAGAUCACGGGCUUCAGUAUGUGUUGAGAGAAGGUCGAGAUUGAUGGAAAUAAGACGAGCAAAUACAAAGUAGAUAGAAAAUAUGAGCACAAAGUUUUCCUUUCUUCUACCUCUAUAUGAAUCAUCCUCUCUUAUCGUCACACUGUUAAAAUAAUCACCUAAGUCAUUUUUUGUAAAAAUAGUUUUUUUUUGCCUAAAUCAUCUCCUCAUAGCCACCUAUGGUAAAAUCACCUCCAUCCUCAGUUGAUCAGAUCAUGUGAUUUUACCCCUUUAAGAUAAUGGCCGAUGUCAAGUGUGUGACUUAAGCAGAUUUAUUAUGCCUAAGUCAAAAUAAAAUGUGACUUAGUCAAUGUUUUUAACUUGCCUUUGUGACUUUUGUGACGCAAGAUAUGGUAACACUUU